UUUUUCAAAUACACACUAGGGUAUCCCACACAUACAUUUUGUUAUUGGACACAGUACUGUUUGCAUCAGUACUGCAGCUUCUCCAUCAAUAGAGACAGCACUAACAGGGGAUCUGCAGAAAUUAGGCUUCUUUUUACAUCAUGAGACUUGCAAUAUUCUUAGCAUCUGUAGUGCUGGUUUGCCUUUUAGAAAUUACAUCUGCAAAGCCAGGAACUAAAUGUGAAAAAAAUGAGUUCCAGUGUGGGGAUGGAAAGUGCAUACCCUAUAAGUGGGUUUGUGAUGGCAGUCCAGAGUGCAGGGAUGGAUCAGAUGAAUUCCAGGAGACAUGCAGAUCGGUAUCCUGCAGGCCUGAUGAGUUUAGCUGUGGUGGAAGAUUAAAUCGUUGUAUCCCUAUGGCCUGGAAAUGUGAUUCAAUGGAAGAUUGUGAAAAUGGUUCAGAUGAGAAGGACUGUUCUCCUAAGAUGUGCGCUGAUAAUGAGUUCCAGUGCCGCAGUGGGAGGUGCAUAUCCCUGUCAUUUGUGUGUGAUGCAUACAGGGACUGUGAAGAUAACAGUGAUGAAGAAUCUUGCCCAGCUCCUACCUGUAACCCAGCGUAUUUCCAGUGUAAUGACAAUGGCCACUGUAUCCCUAAGCUUUGGACCUGUGAUGGGGACCCAGAUUGUGACGAUGGCUCUGAUGAGGCUCACUGUGAAGGGCGGGAGCCCAUUAAAACUGACAAACCAUGUUCCCCACUUGAGUUCCAUUGUGGAAGUGGAGAGUGUAUUCAUUUGACCUGGAAAUGUGAUGGGGGUAGUGACUGCAAGGAUGGCUCAGAUGAAAAAGAUUGUGCUAAACCUACGUGCCGCCCAGAUGAAUUCCAGUGUAAUGAUGGAACGUGUAUUCAUGGUAGCCGAGAGUGUGAUGGAGAGUACGACUGUAAAGAUCUCAGUGAUGAAGAGAAAUGUUCGAACCAGACAAAAUGUGAAGGCCCAAACAAGUUCAAAUGCCGCAGCGGAGAGUGUAUCAAUAUGGACAAAGUCUGCAACAGGCAGAGAGACUGCAGGGACUGGUCAGAUGAACCCCUCAAGGAAUGCCGUGUAAAUGAAUGUUUAAAAAACAAUGGUGGCUGUUCACAAAUAUGUAAAGACCUUAAACUCGGCUACGAAUGUUUAUGUUCUGAGGGAUACCGACUGGUGGAUACAAAACAUUGUGAAGAUAUUGAUGAAUGUGAAAAUCCAGAUACUUGCAGUCAAAUCUGUAUCAAUUUGGAUGGAAGCUACAAGUGUGAAUGCAAGGAUGGCUACCAAAUGGAUCUUGUGACCAGAUCCUGUAAAUCCAUUGGAUCUGGUGCUUAUUUGUUCUUCACUAACCGUCAUGAAGUAAGAAAGAUGACUCUGGACAGAAGAGAAUACACAAGCUUUAUUCCACAGCUGAAAAAUGUGGUGGCUUUGGAUAUGGAGAUAGCCAGUAACAAAAUUUACUGGUCUGAUCUGACUCAGAGAAAGAUCUACAGUGCUAUGAUGGACAAGGCAAAUAACUUUUCUCACCACGCUACAGUGAUUGAUCAUGAAAUCAAAUCUCCAGAUGGCAUAGCCGUGGAUUGGGUUCAUGGCAACAUAUAUUGGACAGAUUCUUCUAUUCAAACCAUUUCAGUAGCCAAAACAGAAGGGAUAAAGAGGAAAACACUGUUCAGUGAUGGACUGACAAAGCCAAGGGAUAUUGUAGUAGAUCCCUCUCAAGGAUUCAUGUACUGGACCGACUGGGGUCUUCCAGCCAAAAUUGAAAAAGGGGGUUUGAAUGGCAUGGACAGGCAAUCUUUGGUUGUAGAUGGCAUUGAAUGGCCCAAUGGCAUUACUUUGGACUUAAUCAAUCAGCGGUUGUAUUGGGUGGACACAAAGCUUCACUCAAUUUCCAGUAUUGAUGUUACUGGAGACAAUAGGAGGACUGUCAUAGUAGAUGAAGAGCACCUGUCACACCCUUUUGCAGUUACUAUAUUUGAGGAUCUUGUGUACUGGACAGACAUAGACAAUGAAGCCAUAUUUAGUGCUAACAGGUUGACUGGUCGAGAUAUUAUGAAAGUGGCAGAAAAUCUAAUGUCUCCUGAGGAUAUUGUUUUAUAUCACAGUCUGAUGCAGCCUAAAGCCGACAACUGGUGUGAAUCCCACCCUCUGGGAAAUGGAGGAUGUGAAUACCUGUGCUUGCCAGCCCCCCAAAUCUCACGGCAUUCGCCUAAAUUCACAUGCGCGUGUCCUGAUGGGAUGCAUCUCGGCUUAGAUAUGAGGAGCUGUGUGAAUGAAUCAAUUACUCCAGAGGCCUCUCUCACCACUUCUUUGGCUAAGACUACAGCAGCAAAUGCAAAUCCAACUACGACCCCAAGGAGUACUACGCUUUCCAAGAUUACUACUGCUGCAAGAAUGUCGUCUUCUACUAUCAAUGUACAACAGACCUCAACAGCAAAAUCGGUUACAACCACCCAUCAAAAAAGGAUCACAUACCGAACACCUGAGCUAAAUACUCAGGAGCUGAUGACGCGAUCACAUGAAGUUCGUAAUGGCCUUUCAGCAGGCUCAGAUACCCAAAGUACCCACUCUAGCCCCACUGCUCUGUACAUAGUCAUUCCUAUCGUUCUGCUUUGCUUAUGUGCCUUUGGUGGCUUUCUCCUGUGGAGAAACUGGAGACUGAAAAACACAAACAGCAUUCACUUUGACAAUCCUGUGUAUCAGAAAACAACAGAGGAUGAUGAGAUCCACAUCUGUCGGACUCAGGAAGGAUACACCUACCCAUCGAAACAAAUGGUGAGCUUGGAAGAUGACAUUGCUUGAACAUUUUCUAACCACUCUGUGCCUAUCAACCAAACCCUGCUGCUUGCAUCAUUCAAGGGCAACAAUACCAAAACCAAACCACCAAUAUAUAUAUAUUAUUUUUUUAUAGAACUAUAAUUGUUUUCUUACCUCCGUCCAAAUCUCCUUUUAUCUGUGAAACUUAGUCUGAAGUUUUUCUUUUUGUAUUUUUUUUUUCUUUUCUUGGACUAUUCCACAACCUAAUAUCACCUAUAAUGGCCAGAGACUGUAGUUAUUUUUUGUUGGUGGUGUUGCUGUUGUUAUUUAUGAAGAUACUUAUUGGUUAAUGAAGUUGUGCCAUAUUUUGUUCCUAUUUGCACCUCUUCAAAUACUGAAAUUGCACAUGAAGGAGAAAAUGAAUGAGGGGCUUUAUUAGGGAUCAGAAAAGACAUAUGUUUAAAAAAAAAAAAAGAAAUACAACAAACCACUUUAUUAAAGAAAAAAGGAAAGACGCACUGGGAGGGACUAUGAAGGACUAAAUAAUCCUAUUUGGGUUUAUAUUUUGUUUUGUUUUAAAAGCACAAAACUCUAACACUAAAGCGCUAUACUCUGAACUGGAGGAAAACGAGGAGCAGCAAAUGCAAAAACUUUAUAGACUUGUGGAUGUUGAUUUGUCUUCAGGGCAUCGGAUAUGUUUACUACCUUGGAGGUUUUCACCUCUGCAUUGGAAUUACUAAGCCAUAAUGCCUUUAUUCAAUGUAGCAAGCCACACAAUGCCAGGAAUCGCACACAAGUGCCUACUCCACCAUCCUCAUCCUGUUCCUCACUUUCCAUUUAUCUGUUACCCUCCCUUUGCACCUCUUGCUCACUGCGUUUAAGUUAAUGCCUGUGCACAACCGUAUAUUCCCCCCCCCUUUACUGCUUUAAAAAUGUCAGCCUUUGUUGUUCACUUGCUUAUAUUAGACUGGGUAUGACGGCUGGAAUGAUAAAUUAAACAUAGAAAGUAAUGCCUAUUUUUAUUCUGGGUUGUUUUAAAAAUCUACAAUUUUACCUAUUGUGUGCAGCUCAACCAAAUAUCCAACGUACCUAUUGAUAGCAGCUGCCUUAUAUUGUAAAUGGCAUAAUAUCUUUCUAAUUUCAAUUACUUGAAAUACCAGAUUUUUAUCAUUGUUACAUGGUUGCUAAUGAGAUUUUAGAUUCUACAUGUAGAAAGAAUAUGUAUAUAGUUUCUUGCUCUAGUAUUUGUAUGCUUUAUUAAUGACUAAAAAAAAAAAAAUCUUCAUAAUGAAGGCACACCUCUUUCAACAUUUUCAGUAGAUGUGUAUAUGUAUGUGUAUGUAUGUGUGUAUAUAUAUAUAUAUAUAUAUAUAUAUAUAUAUAUAUAUAUAUAUACAUACAUACAUACAUACAUACACACACACUGUAUCUAUAUCACUUGUUUGUUUCUCUACUAUGAAGAUUUUUUUUUAAUUGGUCUAUUAAAGGUUAUUGAACUUGUAUAGCAAUCAUUCAUUUUUAUUGCUGCGGUAUUGAAAUUGAAAAUCCCUGCCUGAACCUGUGAAACAUUUAUUAUAGCUUUUUUUUUUUCCCACCACUCUUUUUGUAAAAUUUUGUAAAUGUUUUUUUCCUUUUUUUUUCCUUCUUUGUUUUUUAUAAAUAGCUUUUGUUUUUUGCUAUUUUGUUUUCUUUGCACUUUUCUGCUUUGUUGUCAAUUUUUGAUUUGUCAUUUUGGGUAAAGUUUAAUAUAUAAAUUUAUUUAUUUCAAAAA